UGAGGACGCGAGUUUGAGGAAGUGAGAGGAAGCAUCGCUGGAGCUCCGGGAGGUGGCAGCAGGAGCGGCCGCCGCUCACAGUUCAAACACUCCCCAACGGCCCCCUCGCUCCUCCUGCUGCUGCUGCUGCUGCUACUGCUGGUACUGCUGCUGUUACUGUUCCUGCUGGUGGUGGUGGAGUGCCUGGGUACCUGUGUCCUGGUAGUAGCCGUCCCACGUGGCCCCAGGGGCACAGUGAAGGGCACCAUCGCUGAUAGUGCUGGUGCUGGGGCAGCCUCACAGGAGCAUGUUUAUGACACCUGGAAACCUGCAGGUGUCUGCUGGUGUUGGCGGCACUGCCUGUACAUUGGUGAAGGUGUACGUGCGUACACGUCCUCUUCUUCAACAAGAAUUAGAAAAUGGAGCAAAAAACAUCUUGGAUAUUUAUCCCUCUGACAAGCAGGUAGUGGUUGAUGGGGCUGAUAAAAUAUUCCAGUAUGAUGAUGUAUUUCAAGACAGUUGCUCACAAGAUGAAGUAUAUAGGACGGCAGUGGCACCUCUGGUGGCCAAGGUAGAGAGUGGUCACAAUGCGACAGUUUUCGCAUAUGGCCAAACUGGAUCAGGAAAGACAUUCACCAUGGGCACAAAUCCCUGUAUUGCAAAGGAUGGUGAAGGCAUUUUACAAAGAGCAAUGCAGGCUCUCCUUGGCAAGGAUGAGAAUCAUCAGCCGUCACAAGACAUGGGAACUGAGGGUUCGCGGAGUCUCAAGAUCUCGAUGAUGGAGGUCUACAAUGAGGCCAUCUUUGACCUCUUGGGCCCAACCAGAGUGUCUCUGGAAACAAAACCUGCAACUGAUGGAGGUAUGUCAGCAGUUGGAAUGGUGGAGAAGGAAAUAAAAAGCAUUGAGGAAGGGCUAAUAUUUCUAGAAAAGGGGAAUAAAUUACGAAGUGUCGGAUCAACGGCGAUGAAUCAGCAUUCUUCACGCUCCCAUGCUGUUAUAUACCUCACAUUAAAAAAUGGCAAGCAUUGUGGAUGCCUCAAGCUCGUCGACCUAGCUGGAGCGGAGGGUGUUGGCCGAGCACAGACGUCGGGACAGAAGUUUACUGAAGGUGUCAACAUUAACAAAGGCUUGCUAACACUAGGAAAGGUUCUGUCUGCACUAAGCAGCAUAACAGUUGUUCAUGUUCCUUACAGGGACUCUAUAUUGACAAGACUUCUUAAAGAUUCUCUUAGUGGAAACUGCCAAACUGCAAUGAUUGCUUGUGUGAACCCCGCAGACUUCAACAAGUAUGAGACAACGAAUACAUUACGAUAUGCUGAGCACGCUAAAAAUAUCAGACUGAAACCUCAAGCCUUAUCCACUGUCAAGAGGCAUGGUGUGAAACGCCGCUGUGAUGAAACAUUUGCCACUCCAUUAGUAAGGAAGAAAGGUACAAUGCCUUUGGUUUCGCACAAUAGUACAAUUUCCACUCCAGGACACAAGCCAACAGCAAGACCUUUGCUUCCCUCGCUCAAUGUCACUAUUGCUACUCCAUCAGGCGGAAAGAGUGAAGUGUUAAAUAAUCGUAAAGUCAAGCAUCAAAUGCCACCGCCUGCUUCUAUUUUCUCCUCCAUCACCCAACCCAUUUUUGAAGAUUGCUCACCAUCGAGAUUGUCAACUGUGUCGGCUAUUGAUAACCCUGACGCUCGUCCAUCAGAAAUCUGUUCCAGCAUAGAAUGUGAAAGACAUUUAGAUAGUCCCGAAGACUGUCAGUGUGCAGCUAAGAAGUUUUGCUCAAGACAUGCAUGCAAGAAAAAAAGCAGACACCCAAGAAAAAAGAAAGUGUGCAGCAAAUCGCGAAGUUCAACCCCUACAAAUGAUAGUAUAUCAAGUGACUCGUCAGACGAUAUUUUAGGGACUACAAUUGUUAAGGCUUUCACCCGCAACCACGAAAUGAAACGUAUGCUGCAAGAUAUUAUCUCGAGUGCUUUCAAGACAUUUAAUCAGGAUGGCCAAUUAAGAAGAAGCUUACGUCGCAGUGGCUUGUCAGGGACCGAACCUAAAGCAAGUGUUGAAGACGAGGAGAAGCCAGUACGAAAGCCUCUCGAAGAAGUUACCAAUUUACAAAACAGAAGAAAAAUUAGCUCUUCAAAGGAGGGAAAUUUUUCUUCUUUCACUAAUAAUAAAACAUUUGCACAAAAUGUUAAUCAAGAAGCACAGAGGGCCACAGAUCUUGUGUACAAUCUUCCUUUGACAAGCACAGCAUUUAUAGAUGAUCGAACUGUGAGACGAUCAACAAGAUUAUCAACAAAAAUUAACAUUCAUAAGUCACUGUUUAAAGAAGAUUUAUCAGAGAUAAGUUCUAACACUGGUUCUCCUUUCCUUAUGGGCAAUGGAGGAAAAAAUGAAACAUUUUAUAAAGAUACAGCUUACAAUUUUCCUCAGGACACAACUGUUGUGCUUCAUAACGGAUGUUCACCCGAGCUAAUGCCUCGUAGAUCAUCAGUACUCCCACAGCUGCAAGACGACACUAUAAACAAAUCUUGUACCAUAGGAAACACAAUAUGCAGUGGAGUAGAUCAUAACAGAAGCUUACUUCCACAAUGGUUAAGUGAAAACCAUUCACAAACCCUUCAGUCACAAUGUAGAAGUCAGUUGUCUCCUUUGCAAAAGAGUAGAAUUUUAAGACCAAAUGAAGACAAGCAAAGGCGAAGGUCGUCGAGAGUAGCUGCACUUAGAGCAACGCAGCGCAACUUUGAAUUGUUAAAGGGAGAAAGUCCUCUCUCAAAUUUGAGCAAAAAACGAAGAUCGUCACUAGCGGUUGCUAAGAAUCAUCCAGCAGAAUUAAUUUCAGGAAACCAGAGUGUGUGUGGGGUAUCUAGAAAUGCUACGUAUAUUGCCAACGACACAAAGUGGCAGCCAAUUGUUAGUCCCAACCACCAGAAGCAGCACAACGACAAGAUCCUCAACAUCCUCAACUCUGGUGAUUUAAGGAAACUGCAACAGCUGCCCUUAGUUGGUCCCAAGUCUGCUAUGGUGCUGCGUAAUUUCAGGGAAAUGUAUGGCUGUCUGAGUUCCUUUGAAGAUAUCGAGAGAGUUCCUGGUCUUCCAAAUUCAUUUUACAAGCGGUUUAUAGCAGCCAACAUGAUAAGCAGUCCUGUUUGAAGUAACCCCCCAGCACAGCCUUCACCAGUCCUAGGCGUGACCACACAACCAACACUUAAUUAUCAUCAUCUUCCUGGUUGACUACUGAAAGAUUCACUCCAACAUUAACAUUCAUUUCAUUGAAGGAUGCUUUUGGAGGGAUUGAUCAUGUAUUCUGUAUGGGCAUCGUGCCAAAUAAUUUGCACCCCCUCCCCUCCUACACCUUCCUUCUCUCUUCAAAUAAAAACUUUUUACAUGUAUUGUAUAUCCAUAUAUUUUUAUUCUGUGUUCGUUGAUAGCGUAUUAUCAUUUCUUAUUUUUGUUUUGCGUUAUUUUUGUUUUUUCAAGUUUACCAUUAUGGUUAUUUUUUUUACCCACAAGAAGAUUUUUUUUCCAGUAGAUUAUUUUAGCAGAGAUGUGUGUGUUGGUGGGCAAGGCAGCCCUUGGUACCCUGAGCAGGGUACUGUACACUAUGUAACUUGUAUUAGUACAUAGCGUGAUUUAACCACUGCACUGCACCAGUCAACAAAUGUCGUUUUGAGAGUUGUGUGUUUUUAUUUUACUUAGGCUAUAUUUUAAUGUUUCAUUACUCUGUGUUUUGAAAUGAAAAUGGUUGAGUUUGGAAUCAUUUUAAUAUCAACUUUACCUGAACCUUUAUAAAAACAACAAAAAUAAGUCCUUGACAAUUGCACUAUGAGGUUUUUCCCAAAACGAGGUGUGCGGUGCAGUGGUUAAUGAGACGUAGCCUUCAAAUGAUACCAAAGAAACUGAUGAAAUCAUCUAUUGGUGAAGAGCAUAUUUUUUUAUUUUAAGAAUUAAAUUUUUUUUUUUUUUACUAAACUAUUUUGUUCAGCACUAUUUUUUAGAUUGAAUUGGUAAAACAAUAAAUACAUUUGAAUGUACUCCGAGCAAGGUUCUUGGUACAGCUCCAUUAAAGGUAACAAUUGAUUGUCACUUCAUUAUUGGUUAUGCGACUUGCAAAUAUUUUCUUAUUUUCUUAUAAAUAUUUAGUAUAAUUUUAUUUUGGCUACACAUAUAGAUACAUUGAAACAUUUUAUAUAGUAUGUACACAGUAUAGUAUUUAAAUACAGUAUUAUAUACACCACAUAGGCAGAACUUGUCUGUUGUAACAAUGAAAUCAUAUUAUUGUACUCUGAAACCCCUAAUGUCCACGUGUUCUGAUAACUUGACCCGUCUUUCAGUUAGGGUCUUGGGGUUCUUUAUGGAGAUGUGUGAAGAAGUGUUGGCACGACUGAAAACAUGAUUGGUUGUACAUUUUAUUUGACAGCAUACAGUACACUGAUUUGUGAGAGUAACGUUCCUUUUAAGGCUACAUAAUGCAAAAACCACAGUAAUCAAUCUUAAUAGUAUACAUGUGGGAAAAUAGUGUAGUUACAUUACAGAAAUGCCAAAUAUUUUACUAAUUUUUCAGUAAAAUUACUAUUUAAU